GACCCUGUAGAGAUGCUGCCGUUAAUGGGGGAUGCGCCUGCGGAGGGGGAAGGAAAGAAUAACAGAGUUUAUUGAAAAGAGGGCGGAGUAGUCGCCCCCGGCCGAGCCCCGCCAGUGCGGGGGCAGCCACUCCAGGCUUCCCCUGAGAGCGAAGGUCGGGUCCGGCACCCCGCGUCGCUGUUGCCCCGCUCCAGGCGGGCACUGCGGCCCGUCACGCCCGCCACCCCCCUCAGCCCUCGUCCGCCAUACUGCAGGGCAACCCAAACUUGUUACACACGGGCACCAACUCCUCCUCCCGCCACCGCCCUGCCCCCGCCGGCGCGGGGAGGAGGGGGCUGCGCCGGCCCAGCCUGCCACGGGGAAGGCGCUGAGCCGGGCGGGGCUCGGGCGAGGGAAACGCCGCAGACCCCCGCAGAAAGGACGUGUUUCUGACAACUCUCCAGCUGCAGGAGUGUACGGGAGGCUCCAAGGGGUGGUAGCAUCAUUUAUUUCUGCAACGAAACAAAAGAAUGUGCUCAGUUGUGCUUCUCAGCAGCUCCACAGCCUGUGGAGAGUGUGGGCAGUCUCUGUAUGCAGCAUCCUGGAAAAUGUGCGUUCCCUUGAAGUGAUCCGCUGAAAAGCGUGUGCUUGUACAGUUGUUCCAGUCUGCCUUGUUGCACUGCUCUCAAAGUCUGAAAUGCUUGGUCUCUAAUACUCCCUGUGAUUUGCAUUUCUUCUGCCGAAGAAACGCUACCUGCCACAGUUAUCCAAGGAGCCCUGAAGAGCAAGGACACUGAAGAUGGCUCUGUGUGCUUUUUAUGCAAUUUGGGGUUUGUUACUGGAAGUGGCAGUAGCAUUUGGCCCAGUACCGAGGAUCACUUGGGAACACAGAGAGGUCCAGCUAAUACAUUUUCAUGAAUCAGAAGUGUCAAACUAUUCAACCCUGCUGUUAAGUGAAGACAAAGAUGUUCUAUAUGUAGGAGCCAGAGAAGUGAUCUUUGCAUUAAAUGCAGUGAAUAUUGCUGCAAAGCAGCAUGAGUUUCACUGGAAGGUCACUGAAGAUAAAAGGACUAAAUGUGCAGUCAAGGGCAAAUCAGAACAGACAGAGUGUCGUAAUUAUGUGCGUGUCUUGCAACAGCUGAACGAUACUUUUCUCUACGUGUGUGGAACUAAUGCAUUUCAGCCAACAUGCGAUUACUUGAAUUUAAUUUCAUUUGAACUUGGAGGUAAAAAUGAAGAUGGUAAGGGCAGAUGUCCAUUUGAUCCUGCUCAAAGCUACACAUCUGUUAUGGUUGAUGAGGAGCUUUAUUCCGGGACUUCCUACAAUUUCUUGGGAAGCGAACCUAUCAUUUCACGGCACUCUCAUCAGAGCCCUCUGAGAACAGAGUAUGCAAUACCUUGGCUUAAUGAGCCCAAUUUUGUUUUUGCUGAUGUGAUAAGGGCAGAUCAAAACAUCACAGAUGGAGAAGAUGACAAGAUAUACUUCUUUUUCACUGAGGUGUCUGUGGAGUAUGAAUUUGUUGGAAAACUGAUGAUUCCAAGAAUAGCUAGAGUGUGCAAGAGAGACCAAGGAGGAUUAAGGACUUUGCAGAAAAAAUGGACGACUUUUCUCAAGGCCAGAUUGAUUUGUACCAUCCCUGAUAAGAAUUUAAUUUUCAAUAUUAUCAAUGAUGUUUUUAUUCUCAAGUCUCCAACUUUGAAGGAACCAGUGAUAUACGGAGUCUUCACCCCGCAAUUGAAUAAUGUGGGGCUGUCAGCAGUGUGUGCAUACAAUCUGUCUACUGUAGAAGAUGUUUUCUCAAAAGGAAAAUACAUGCAGAGUGCUACAGUGGAACAAUCUCAUACAAAGUGGGUACGAUACAAUGGGGAAAUUCCUAACCCUCGACCUGGUGCGUGUAUAAACAAUGAAGCCAGAGCAUCAAACUACAUGAGUUCUCUGAAUUUACCAGACAAAACACUGCAGUUCGUUAAAGAUCAUCCUCUAAUGGAUGACUCUGUGACUCCAAUGGGAGACAGACCUCGACUAGUAAAACGAGAUGUGAAAUAUACCCAGAUUGUAGUAGACAGAGUCAGAGCACUCAAUGGCAGCAUAUAUGAUGUUAUGUUCAUCAGUACAGAUCGAGGAGCCCUGCACAAAGCUAUCAGCUACGAAAAUGGAAUGCAUAUUAUUGAAGAAACACAGCUUUUCCCAAACUUUGAGCCAGUCCAAACUCUCUUGCUUUCAUCCAAAAAAGGCAGAAGAUACCUCUAUGCUGGUUCAAAUUCUGGUGUGGUUCAGUCUCCGGUGGCUUUCUGUGACAAGUACACCACUUGUGUUGACUGUGUUUUAGCAAGGGAUCCUUACUGUGCGUGGAAACCCAUUGAAGCUUCCUGCAUUGAUAUUUUUAAAGAAAGUGAAAUUGAAAGGAAUUGGAUUCAGAACAUAGGUGGAGAUGCGUCUUCUUGUUCUGAUAAAGUAAGAGAGAAUUCCCUACAGCAUACAUUCAAGCAUGGGAGCACAGCAGAACUCAAGUGUUCUCAAAAGUCCAAUCUGGCACAGGUAGUUUGGAAGUUCAAAGACGAUGUGCUCAGAGUGGAGAGCCCCAAGUACCGUCUGCUGGAAAAGGCGCUGCUCAUCUUCAAUUUAUCAGAAGGAGACAGUGGUGUUUACCAGUGUUUGUCAGAAGAAAAAGUGAAGAAUAAGAAAUUUUCUCAAGUGCUGGCUAAGCAUGUUUUGGAACUGAAAAAGAUCCAGCAUACCACAGUGGGCCCCACUGUGGCAGCUGCACCAACAGAAGCCUCAUCUCCUAUACCUUUCCCUCCUACUGGUACCUCCUUUUUGUCCUGUGUGGGAAGUGAUUCACCUCCUUCACCCACCAGUACCCAGCCUGAUGUUUGGUCUAGCACAGACCCUGUAAAGGUCAUGUUGUUGCCACCUUUCCUAAGUGACCAGGCACAGCAUGUUAGUGUCCGUGGACCCUUUCACCUCUUCUGCCAAGCCAUAGGCCCGGAUAACUCCUAUUUUGUCUGGAAGAAGAAUGGACAGAAGAUGAAGGCAUGCAUCACUGAGCAAUCUCACAUGCUGUUUGAUGGCAGAGUGCACGUUCUGAGUUGGGUGAAAGACUCAGUAUCAGAAAAUACAGAAUAUAAAUGUUUGUUCAUCUCAAAAGUUGGGAACACAACGUCAGCAGUGGUCAUCACAGUGGAAGAUAAAGUCUCAGGUAGUGCUGGUCAGGAUGGAUGGACCAAAGAAUUUGAUACCUGGAGAAGUGCCAUCAGUGAACAUGACAAGAUGAUGCAAAACUGGAGGAAAACAUGGGUAAGAAUUUUUGGAAAAGAUAUCUCCUACAGUGCCUUCUACAAUGCGCACUACAGUCCCAAUUUUAUAAAGAGCCUACCAUGUUUCUGGAAGUAAAUGUAUUUAUAUAACAAAGUGAUUAGUGUUCCUGUACAUGUCAUCAUUCU